GGUAAACAUUUUAAUGGCAUGAAUCACAAUACAAUGGCGUUCGUUGAGUUGAGUGUGUUAUGAACCUUUCUUUUUAUUUUUGACUGUUGCUAACAAACUGGAAAGAUGUCGCAUAGAAAGAAAGUUCAGGCACAAGUAGAUUUGUCUUUAAUUGAAGUUAAAUCUAAGUUUGAGGCUGAGUUUCGACGAUUUUCCUUGAAACGUGACCAGUUGGAGAAUUUUACUGACUUUUAUGAUUUGCUUGAGCAAACUCAUAAUUUGGAAAAGAUGGUUUUUUCAAUAUAUUAUAGACAUCCACAACAUGGAGACUUAUUACCAAUCAACAAUACAGAAAAUUUUAUGCAUGCACUUGGUACAGCAGUGCCAUUACUUCGUUUAUUUAUACAAAGAGGUGACAUGCCAGAACCAAUAAACAGCCAUAAUGUUAGCAAACGCCAUAUGAGUCAUAACCCACAAGCUGCAGUGGUCAAUAGACGUCUACAAAUUAGUGUUCCUCAAGACUUUCGAAGAGUAUCUGCUAUUAUUGAUGUUGAUAUAUUGCCGGAAAGUAUACGUAGAGUACGUCUUUGCAAACACAAUUCAGACAAGCCACUAGGUUUUUAUAUUCGUGAUGGAACCAGUGUUAGAGUAACUGCUGAAGGACUAGAAAAGGUUCCGGGAAUAUUUGUUUCUCGGUUAGUUCCUGGUGGUCUUGCAGAGAGUACUGGGUUGUUGUCUGUAAAUGAUGAAGUGUUAGAAGUGAACGGUAUAGAAGUAUCUGGAAAAAGUUUAGAUCAAGUUACUGAAAUGAUGGUAGCUAACAGUCAGAACUUAAUUGUCACUGUAAAACCAGUUCACCAAGGCCAAGAAAGUCGAUUGCAAAAUAGGUCUGGUGCAGGUCACACUAUCAGUCCAUUAGCUAAAAACAAUACAAACACACCUUCUGGUGAUAUGGAUAUUAUUGAUUCAGACGAAGAUGAUGGUCCUGUAGUUACUGGUGAUGGUGUUGUGCAUGUUUAGAAAAAGUUAUAAUGAUAAAAAUGAAAUUAGGUCUGUACAAGGUUAACACACAGAAUGUGGCAAGUAGAAAAUUCACAGUGAUUGUUAAAUACAAUAGAUGUUUCUGUAACAGCUUUACAAGAUGGAAUUAUCUGUUGCAAGGAAAUUGUAAAUUACUUUAUAUUUUAAAACCUCGGAAAUAUUUUUAUUAUUAUUACUAUUAUUACACUUUUUUUAGAUCACUUUGUUUGAAAAUGAUCAUAGGUUAUAUAAUAAUUGUUUCAUGAUUCAUGAUGCAUCAGAUAUUUUUCAUAAUUAAUAAACUGUUAUCUUUUUGAAUAGGGUUUGAAACAAUUUUGUAUUUUGACACAAAUUUUAACAUUUUGUCUUUACUUGUUAAGGCUGAGCAGUUGUCAUUUCAGUUCAUAGAAUGGAUAUUAUUGGUAAAAAGCCUUUUUUAUGCAGUGUGGCACAUACUUAUAUUUUUGUAAGAAUACUUUUAUCAUUAUAUAAGUGAUAUUGAAGUGACGUUGAAACCUUUCAAAAUUAACAUAAACUAUUUUAUAUACUUUCAAACUUUUAUUCAUGCUGUUGUAGAAAAAGUAUUGUAAGCAGUCAACUUUCAAACUUGAUGAAUGCUAUUAAAUUAGAUUAUUUGAAUUAGAAUUAAUUUUACAUUUAAUUUUUUUUCUGUAUGGAUUUCCAAGUGUAUUAUACAAUAUACAAUGA